AUGGGAGAUGAAUACUACCUCUCAGCAAACGAGGCUGCCCUAGCGGUGGUGGCCACAGCCAUGAAGAAGGCCCGUCUACGGCUAGAUACUCUAUGCGUGAACUCACUUAUGGGAGGGAUACUAUUUUCUAGUGGAGGGAUGAUUCAUAUUAUGGCUCAAGGAUAUAUGGGGUCUAUUUUCCAGAAUGAUCCCGGUGUGAUUAUGUUUAUACAAGGGUUGGUAUACCCUAUAGGAUUGUUUUAUGUUGUGAUCAUGGGGGUUGAUCUUUUCAAUUCCAACGUUUUAUUUUUCAGUACUGCCGUGGUAAGAGGUGCAGUUAGUAUAUUGGAUUUAUGCAUAAGUUGGUUUGUUAGUUGGUGGUUAAAUUUGGUUGGGAAUAUCUUUGUGUGUUAUGUUAUUUCAACUUAUUCAGGUGUUGGUACUACGAAAAGUUUUAUUCGUAGUGCAGUCGAGAUUGCUGAAACAAAAAAUGCUCAUGGAUUUGUUCAAACACUUUUAAGAGGUGUUGCAGGCAACUUUUAUGUUAGCAUGGCAAUCUAUUUACAAUUGAUGGUAAAACCAUUGCAUGUUAAGUUUUUCAUGUUGUUAUUACCAAUUUUCACCUUUGUUUCCCUUGGAUAUUCCCACGUAGUUGCAGAUAUGUAUUUAAUGGUGAUGGGGUUGAUUAAUCAUGCUGAUGUUACAGUGGGGGAAGUGAUAUGGAGAGUCUUCAUACCCGGAACUUUGGGGAAUAUGAUUGGAGGAUCUGCAUUUGGAAUUGUCGUAACAUGGUAUUUGCAUUUAGUGGUUGUGGAAAGAGAUCAAAGAGAAUUGAACUUACCUCAAUAUGAUGUACGGGAUGAACAACCUGAACUUAAUCAAGAUUCACGUGUUGUUAGGAGACCUCUACAAAUCUCUACAGAAGAUGAUGAUGAUGAGCCCCUAGAUGAGGAACCUGAAUACAUCAAUGACAAAUUGGGUGGUAUUAGAGAAGAAGAACCUUCAGAUAGUUCAGAUUCUUAUCGAGCUGAAGCUCCCCAAGCAUUAUAUGAAGAUAAUUUAUCUCGUAUGAAUACCAGAUCAACAGGAAUAUCUCGACUCAGUAAUAUGUCAUCUUAUAGACGACUUCGUUCACCCAAAAACGUCUUCCCAGUUUAUGGAAUGGGAAAUGCUGGCAAACGGGAAAGAGAAAUUGCUGGGGAAUUUGCCCUGAAAGUGAAAUCAAGGCAUUCAGGAGAAAUUGAUUCAAUGCUUCUGCGUGCUGCUACUACCACAGGCACAGUUGAUCUGGGAGCAAAUUAUUUAGGUGAAACUUUGAAGCGAGUAAUCACCAGAUCAAAAGUACAGAAAGAGGAACGAGAUAUAGAGGCUCAACGCAUCGUGUCUCCUUGUCCAUCAUUUUCUUCGUAUCAUUCAAGACAUCUGACUGGCGUACCUAUUAAACCUUUGAGGUCUGUUAGUGUUGACAAUGUAAAUAAGCGAAUGUUACAAGCAGGGAUAACUCCGAAGGCAGCCAGAGGUGCCAAUGAAGCCGCGGGAAUCGAUUCCAUGACUACUCGUCCUCGGAUGUCAUCAGCUAUGGGAGAAUCAGUAUCAACUGCUCAUACAAUCGACCUGAUAGAUAGUGAGAGACAAGAGCCCAAAGGUAGCACUCAAUCUCAGUUUGAUGUAAAAGAUUUUUCACCACAGAAACCAGCAUAA